AUGAGCUCACCUGAACUCCAGGCUCUGCUUAAAAAGAAGGGAAACCUAACCUCUCCUAGCUCCAGUCAGCCCACUGCUCCCCCCAUCAGAGUAUGCAUUGAGCAUGCAAUGGAUGACAUGGGCAACAAAACCACAAGUCUCCAGUUGGUAAAUGCUGAAAACCUACCAGCAUACUCGAUGUCCUCAAUAAGCAUCAGUGACAAUGAUGAUAAUGACCAAGUAAAGAAUAUCAUUAACAGAAUCAUUGGAAACAAACCUUCUGGCCAGGCUAAAGGCCAAAAGCAAAGCAAAACCAGAAGAGCUUCUGAUCCAACUAAAUUCCAUUUGACCUCAAUAGUGAUGGAGACUUCCCAUCACUGCCUGAAUUAA